AUGGCAUCUUCUUCUUCUCUCACUGUUUCCCCACCCACCCUCCCUCGCUCCUCUACACGCCUCCAUGGAUCCACCCAAAAACUUCACACUGCCACCAACUCUCUUUCCCUUCCCCAGUUUUCCGGCCUCAAAUCCACCAACUCAACUGCCACCGCCGCCGUCUCCCGUCGCCGCACCCCCAUCAUCACCAGCCUCCCGGUUCGGGCCUCUGUUGUAGAGACAAUCGAAAAAACAACAGACAGCACACUUCUCGAUAAGUCCGUCAACACGAUCAGGUUCUUGGCCAUCGAUGCUGUCGAGAAGGCCAAUUCCGGACAUCCGGGUUUGCCCAUGGGAUGCGCCCCCAUGGGCCACAUAUUGUAUGACGAGGUCAUGAGGUAUAACCCCAAGAACCCCAAGUGGUUCAACCGAGAUCGCUUCGUGCUCUCCGCCGGUCAUGGAUGCAUGCUCCAGUAUGCACUUCUCCACCUCGCCGGCUAUGACUCCGUCAAGGAAGAAGAUUUGAAGAGUUUCCGUCAAUGGGGAAGCAAAACACCAGGUCAUCCUGAGAAUUUUGAGACUCCUGGUGUUGAAGUUACCACUGGCCCACUUGGUCAAGGUGUUGCCAAUGCAGUUGGCUUAGCGCUUGCAGAGAAGCACUUGGCUGCUCGUUACAACAAACCAGAUUGCGAGGUUGUUGACCACUACACGUAUGUCAUACUUGGUGAUGGAUGUCAAAUGGAAGGUAUUGCAAAUGAAGCUUCUUCGCUUGCUGCGCACUGGGGACUUGGAAAGCUUAUAGCUUUUUAUGAUGACAACCACAUCUCCAUUGAUGGUAACACUGAAAUUGCUUUCUCUGAGAGCGUUGAUGCCCGUUUUGAGGCUCUUGGGUGGCAUGUAAUCUGGGUGAAGAAUGGUAACACUGGUUAUGACGAAAUUCGUGCGGCUGUCGAGGAAGCAAAGGCUGUGAAAGACAAGCCAACUUUGAUCAAGGUGACUACAACCAUUGGUUAUGGAUCCCCCAACAAGGCAAACUCAUACAGUGUACAUGGAAGUGCAUUAGGUGCCAAGGAAGUUGAGGCCACCAGAAAGAGCCUUAGCUGGCCUCAUGAGCCUUUCCAUGUUCCUGAGGAUGUGAAGAAGCACUGGAGCCGACAUGUCCCUGAUGGUGCUGCCCUUGAAGCCAAAUGGAAUGCCAAAUUUGCUGAAUACGAGAAGAAGUAUCCAGAGGAAGCUGCAGAGUUGAAAUCUAUCAUUACUGGUGAACUACCUGCUGGUUGGGAGAAAGCACUUCCUACAUACACUCCGGAGGCUCCAGCUGAUGCCACAAGAAAUCUCUCACAACAAAACCUCAAUGCUCUUGCAAAGGUUCUACCUGGUUUGCUUGGUGGAAGUGCUGAUCUUGCCUCCUCCAACAUGACUCUUCUGAAAAUGUUUGGCGACUUCCAAAAGAACACACCAGAAGAGCGUAAUGUAAGGUUCGGUGUUCGUGAACAUGGUAUGGGAGCCAUCUGCAAUGGAAUUGCCUGCCACACCCCUGGUCUCAUGCCCUAUUGUGCAACUUUCUUUGUGUUCACGGACUACAUGAGAGCAGCCAUGAGGAUCUCAGCUUUGUGUGAAGCCAGAGUUAUCUAUGUCAUGACUCACGAUUCAAUUGGACUUGGAGAAGAUGGACCAACUCAUCAGCCCAUCGAGCAUUUGGCAAGUUUCCGAGCAAUGCCCAACAUAUUGAUGCUCCGUCCAGCUGAUGGCAAUGAGACAGCUGGUGCAUACAAGGUGGCAGUUCUUAACAGGAAGAGACCAUCAGUCCUUGCCCUGUCUCGUCAAAAGCUGCCCCAACUUGCUGGAACAUCCAUUGAAGGAGUAGAAAAGGGAGGCUAUAUCAUAUCAGAUAAUUCAUCCAGUAACAAUCCCAAUGUCAUUCUGAUUGGAACAGGUUCAGAGUUGGAAAUUGCAGCUAAGGCUGCUGACGAACUCAGAAAAGAAGGCAAGGCAGUUAGAGUUGUCUCCUUUGUUUCUUGGGAACUUUUUGAUGAGCAAUCGGAUAAUUACAAGGAAAGUGUCCUUCCAUCUGCUGUAACAGCUAGGGUUAGCAUUGAAGCUGGAUCAACAUUUGGAUGGGAGAAGAUAGUUGGAUCUAAAGGGAAGGCAAUUGGAAUUGAUGGAUUUGGAGCCAGUGCUCCUGCAGGAAAAAUAUACAAGGAAUUUGGUAUUACAGUAGAAGCCGUUGUAGCAGCCGCCAAUGAAGUCUCUUAA